AAAUGAGUGAAGCAGCUUCUCCAAAGAAAAUCGCACCCAAGAAGAAACCUGCUGCAAAGAAGACAGCUGAUCACCCUAAAUAUGUGGACAUGAUCAAGGCUGCUAUCGCUACCCUAAAGGAACGCGGUGGUUCAUCUCGCCAAGCUAUUACAAAAUAUAUUCAUGCAAAUUACAAAGUUGCUGAAAACUCAGAUCAUCAUCUGAAAAUGGCUCUUAAACGAGGAGUAACAUCAGGCGAUUUGAUUCAAACUAAAGGCACUGGUGCUUCUGGAUCAUUCAAGCUAGGUCAGGUAAAAAAAGAAAAACCUAAGAAAAAGGCCGCAGCAAAAAAGCCAACGGCAAAGAAGCCUACUGCAAAGAAAAGUACACCAAAAAAGAAGCCAGCAAAGAAGAGCACGCCAAAGAAAGCAGCAAAGAAGCCUGCCACAAAGAAAGCCUCGGCUAAGAAACCAGCAGCUAAGAAACCCACAAAGAAGCCUGUUGCUAAAAAACCUGCAGCAAAGACGGUCAAAAAGACUCCCAAAAAGGCAGCAAAGAAGACCGCAAAAAAAUAAUUUGUGUGUAUCUGGCUAUUACAUUAACAAACGGCUAUUUUUAUAGCCACACAUUUACAAAAAAACAUUAUCUUGGUACAAAGUUAAACUUGUUUAAGUCACU